AUGCUGCGGCCCCGGCCGGGCAGCCUGGAGAGCUGCAGCAUCUCCGGGGCUCCUGCCAGCCGCUUCUGCCAGUCCCCGGCUUCCUCGCUGGGUUUGCAGCUGGAGGAACUCCAGCAGCUUAGCAAGCAAUAUAGCAAUAUCAAGCUCCUCCAACUGGAUGUGGUCUGUGAAAACAGCAUCAAGAAAGUAGUCAAGGAAGUGGAAGAAAUUGUGGGAGACAAAGGUUUGAACUGCCUCAUUAACAAUGCUGGCAUCAAUGUGCUUGCUUCCUUGGAAGAAGUCACAGCAGAGACAAUGCUCACCAUUUAUGAAACCAAUACAGUUGCCCAGCUGAUGGUCACCAAGGCUUUUCUACCCCUUCUGAGGAAGGCAGCCCAGCUGAGCACAGGAAUGGGCUGCCAUAGAGCUGCUAUUAUCAAUAUGUCCUCUCUUGCUGCCUCCAUGCAACUCGUCCAGGCAAAUGAGAUGUUCCUCAAGGUCUAUCCCUACAGGAUAGCAAAGACUGCACUGAAUAUGAUCACCAGGUGUCUUGCUGCAGACUUGAAAUCGGAUGGAAUUCUCUGUAUUUCUUUGCAUCCAGGCUGGCUUCAGACAGACAUGGGCGGAAACAUGGCUCCCAUGCAGGUGCAAGAGGCUAUCCCAGGUAUUCUCUCUGUUCUGGACCGUCUUGGUGAAAAAGAAAAUGGUUCCUUCCUGGACUGGCAAGGAGAAACCCUGCCAUGGUAGGAGGGCACAGUAUACUACAGGAAUAGCACGUCAGUCACUAUUGAACUUGCGCCACUAAUGUCUGUCUCUAGGGUUUUCUUA